UGUGUGUGUGUGUGUGUGUGUGUGUGUGGGUGGAGCGGACUACGGCUGCGUUUGUGUGCGUGUGCGGAGACUCUGCAGCCUAAGGAGCGUAUGACUGAAGCCUGAGACUCCUGACAGCAACCGUCCAACGUACACGAAUUUCAAGACUGACCAUGUUCCUGCUUGAACCAGACUCGCUGGAUUGCACGAGCAGCCUUCUCGAGACCGGGUAUGCCGUGAACGGAGGCGAAGACACGUCCGGACAGUCCCCGGCGCACUUGGCGGCUUGCGGCGGCCAAGCAUUCUGUUUACUGUGGCUGCUUCGCACGGGGGUUGAUCCGAACCAACAGGACGCCUUUGGGGAAACCCCUGUCCACAAAGCAGCCAAAGCGGGCAGUCUGGAGUGCGUCAGCGUUCUCGUAGCCAGCGACGCGCAACUCGAAAUUUGUAACAACGAGGGUCGUACCGCAGAGGACGUGGCGUGGUCGGCGGGCUUCCAGGACUGCGCAAAAUUUUUAAGCACGCUUCGCAUGACUCGGCUCGCGCAAAGGGAUUCGCCGGUGGGCGCAGCUCAGCCAGCGCGCGACACACUGAACUGCACAGUGGCUGGACACAAACGCGGGCGCGCGAGCUCGGACGCUCUGGACAGGAAACGAGCGAGGGACUGCUUUAGGCUACCGGUAACGGGAGAAACGUCAUUCCCUUAUGCACGUUAAGAGUGAGAUGUUAAAAGCUUGUACAGAACCCACUCUCGGUUGAUCGAACUCACCUGUGCUUUCACCGGACUUAAAUCUACAAGGACUUUUAAUCUGUUCUGUUACUUGUAAGUUUAAAAGCGGAAAAGAUGACACCUGCAUAGUCUGUUGCUAUAGAUGUCAUAUAGCUGCUUAAUUGUUUAAACAGCAACAGUUAUGCAUGCAUAUUUUUUACCUGUACCAUAUUGGUAUCUGCAGGGAAUUUUGAUCAAAAUUAUCAAAAAAACAAAAAAAUGAUAACGUAUAUGUUUUGAUCAGAAUAGUCAUUAGGCCAGAAUAAAGGCGUUUUGCAUCGCGUACGCGCUAGAAAUAAACAAACCAAAAAAAAAACAAAAAAAACCCAACAAACAAAAACUAGUUAAAAGUUUAAAAGCACGUGUAUUUUCAUAACAAUGCUGUUGAAUCUGUUAAAUGUGAUCUAAAACUUGGUUAUAUUGAUCUUCGGCAUUGGUUUACUUUUUAUGUGACUGUAUCCUUAGUGGUGUAGAUAUUGCUACAGAGAGCUACUGACACGCGCUGUAUGGGGGUCUAUCAGGCACUGACCUUGCAGCCUUCGUGCUGCGGCACGGUACCACUGCUGAGGGAAUGUUGCCCAAACACAAACUUGGGAGAAACUAUUUUUUCCAAAGAUAAUGUGACUAUUUUUUAAAUACUUCGCUCUUACAUUGUUGGCUCUUCUGACAACUGUUUACAGGAAGGACAGGCAACACAGCUUACAGUAAAAUUUGUAUGUAUGGAAAAUGAUUUCUGUUCUCCUCUGAGAACAGGACAAAUAUAAAACUGUAAAAGUUUGUGAACUGUGAGGUUACUGUCUCAAUUUAAGGUAGUCUAGAUAUGAACCCAAAGUAACUUCAUUCAGUUCUGGAAACUGACUUCACUGAAAAAAAACAAAAACAAAACCAGAAAUAGUGUUUUUAAAAAUGGACACAGAAUAAAAUUAUGCUACAGCU